CCGACACGUCAUGCGCCACUCCUUUACACACAGCAUUUAUAAAAGAAGACGCCAGGUGACGUCGUGACGUUAUAUCGGUAUCGUUAUCGUUCUUUUCGACUCGUAUUCGACCUUCGUUGUCCUCUGUGAGAAUAUCUCAGUUGCACCCCGACUCUGAUUGUGGACAGUUUGUUAUCUCAGUUUAAUUAAUCAGACGACAAAGUCUACAAAAUGACUACCCAUUUCAACUACCCGGACCCCGCCCUCCAGGACGAGCUCCGCAAGAUCGCCAACGCCAUCGUGGCCCCCGGUAAGGGCAUCCUGGCCGCCGACGAGUCCGUCAGCACCAUGGGCAAACGGUUGGCCGACAUCGGUGUCGAGAACACCGAAGAGAACAGGCGCAAGUACAGACAGCUGCUGUUCACCACCGAGAAGACCAUCGGCGACUACAUCUCCGGCGUGAUCCUCUUCCACGAAACGCUGUACCAGAAAGCCGACGAUGGUACCCCGUUCCCGGAACUGCUAAAGUCCCGCGGGAUCAUCCCCGGAAUCAAGGUCGACACAGGGGUCGUGCCCUUGUUCGGGUCGGAAGACGAGUGCACCACCCAAGGUCUGGACGAUUUAAGCAAACGAUGCGCGCAAUACAAGAAAGACGGCUGCCAUUUUGCAAAAUGGCGGUGCGUGCUCAAGAUCAAGGAUCACACUCCUAGCUACCAGGCGUGUUUGGAAAACGCCAACGUCCUAGCUCGCUAUGCCUCCAUUUGCCAGGAAAACCGUAUCGUGCCCAUUGUAGAGCCCGAGAUUCUUCCCGACGGCAACCAUGACUUGGAACGGUGCCAGAAAGUGACCGAAACUGUUCUAGCUUUCGUGUACAAGGCGCUCCACGACCACAAUGUCUUCCUUGAGGGGACUUUGUUGAAACCCAACAUGGUAACAGGCGGCCAGAGUCACCCAGUUAAGUUCAGUCCGGAAGAUAUUGGAAGGGCCACCGUCACCGCUUUGCAACGUACUGUGCCUGCUGCCGUGCCCGGAGUCGUGUUCCUGUCGGGAGGGCAGAGUGAAGAGGAAGCCACUGUUAAUCUAGACGCUAUUAACAAGUUCCAAGGGAAGAAACCAUGGGCUUUGAGCUUCAGCUACGGGCGUGCCCUUCAAGCCUCCGUCCUCCGCGGUUGGUCGGGCAAAGACGAGAACAUUGCCGUUGGACAGCAGGAACUUCUGAAACGUGCCAAGGCCAACAGCGAAGCGUCUCAAGGAAAAUACGUGGCGGGUACCGCGCACGGGAAGGCGGGGGAUCAGGGACUCUUUGUCCAGAAUCAUGCUUACUAGAGGAAAUCUCAUACACCGAUUUACCACAAUUUUACAAUAUUUACAAUAAAGUACUAUUUUAGGCCGCGGUAGACAUUGUUAUUGUUAUGGAUUUAUAUUAUACUAUUGUAUUUUUUAUUUAUACAGGUAUAUGCCAUUUUCGAGAUGUAUUUAUUUGAUGGAAGUUUUAAGAAAAAAAUUGUGAAAUUGUGAUUUUCUUUUUAGAUGUGCAUGUAUAGGUUUAAAUUAUUUACGUAAAUGUACGUCACUGGAGACUGUUAAUAACUAAUAAAAAUUAAUUGUCAGUUUGAUUUUA